CUACAGGAUGACCUGAGAGAAUGACCAGUCCAAAAUUCAGAGAGGAGAUGGAGGAGUUUUUAUUCUCCAAUGGCUACCAGCUGGGCAAGACCAUUGGGGAGGGGACCUACUCAAAAGUGAAAGAGGCCUUCUCAAAAAAGCACCAGCAGAAAGUGGCAGUUAAAAUUAUUGAUAAGAUGGGGGGCCCGGAAGAAUUUAUCCAGAGAUUCCUGCCUCGAGAGCUCCAGAUCGUCAGGCGCUUGGAUCACAAGAACAUCAUCCGGGUGUACGAGAUGCUGGAGUCUGCGGAUGGGAAAAUCUACUUGGUGAUGGAGCUGGCAGAAGACGGGGAUGUUUUUGACUGCGUUCUGCAGGGAGGUCCUUUGCCCGAGAGCCGCGCCAAGGUGCUCUUCCACCAGCUGGUAGACGCGAUCCGUUACUGCCACAGUUGUGGCGUGGCACACCGAGACCUAAAGUGUGAGAAUGCCUUGCUGCAAGGCUUUAAUUUGAAGCUGACUGACUUUGGAUUCGCAAAAUUGCUCCCAAAGAAUCGUAAGGAGCUGAGUCAAACGUUCUGCGGCAGCACUGCCUACGCUGCACCCGAGGUGCUCCAGGGCGUGCCCCACGACAGCCGGAAAGGGGACAUCUGGAGCAUGGGCGUUAUUCUGUACGUUAUGCUGUGCGCUAGCCUCCCCUUUGACGACACUGACAUCCCCAAGAUGCUGUGCCACCAGCAGAAAGGGGUCUCCAUUCCUGGACACCUGGAGAUCUCAGACGAAUGCCAGGAUCUCCUGAAAAGCCUCUUGGAACCAGACAUGAUCCUGAGACCUUCCAUUGAAGAAGUUGGUUGGCACUCAUGGCUGGCAAACUCCUGAUAAAGACCAUGUCACGCUCUCCCCAAAUAAAGGGGACAGAUUGCUUCCAAAAUGCUUACAUAUAUUUUAAUGUUAUGCUUGGUUUCCAGUCUAUCCUUCCAUCCCACCUCUUCUCCUCCUCCCAGUGCCUUAUGCAGAGGAUGGCUGGCCUGCAGGGGAGGAUUGGGGGGUUGUUCCAUUUCACAUCUUCAUCAGGGACUUUACUCAUUCAAACAAACCACAUGGUUUGAAGAAACAUAACAGUGUUUGUGCUGUUUCCUUUGUAGCUAGGCACCUCAGUGAAGUGGGGAAACCUGGGAUAGUGUCUGGCCACCUUCCCAAGACAUCUCUAGUGAUGGCACCCUCAGAGAACACCCCAACUGAGAGGAGAGAGCAAGCAGAGAAGUUGGCUCCUCCAUGCUGGGGGUGGGGGAAAACAUGGAAAAUUACAGUAGGGUUAUGGAGCAACAAGGGGAAAUCAGUGGGGAAAAAAUAUCUGCUCAACAUCUUAGUCGUCUAUAUACAAAUGAAAGGAGUAAGGGGAAUCAACAGGAGGAACUGGAAGCUAAAUUAUCACUUAAUUUCCAUCACAGAGACAAGGGGGGAGAAGUAUCAUGAUUGGAAUAAUGGUACAGAAGGGUACAACUUGUUCCAGAAGGGCUGGCAGGUUAAAGACAGUAUUGCAUUAUAUAGCAAUGUAUACACACUUAAUCUGAGGUCCUGAAGGAGGUGAGAGGCAGACCAGUUGUGAGUCUCUGGGUAAAGAUAGAAGGGGUAAACAAUAGGAAUGUCACAGCAGGGGUCUACUAUAGACUACCAAAUCAGGAGGAGGGGGUGGAUAAGUCAUUUUAUAGAACAAGUCACAGAAAUAUCCAAAACACAAGACCUGGUAGUAACAGGAAACUAACUACCCAGACAUCUGUUGGAAAAGUAACAUGGCAAAACAUAAAAUUUCCAGUAAGUUCUUGGAUGUGUUGGGCAGACCACACACUUUCAGAAAGCAGAGGAAGUAAUCAAGGAGAGCCAAUACUUGAUUCUGACCGAAAGGGAAGACUUGGUAGCAAAUCUGAAGGUGGAAGGCAGUGUGGGUGAAAGUUACUAUGAAAUGACAGAUUUAAUGGUUCUGUGGAAAGGAAGGAGUGAGAUCAGCAAAAUGAGGACAGCGGACUUCAGAAAAGCAGGCUUUAACAAACUCAGAGA